GUUUUCCGCAAAUAUGGCUGCCCCCUCGGUGCAAUAUAUUGUUGUCAGAGGCGAUCUUAUGAAAGCAUUAAAAUGGCCUCUAGGUGCUAUUAUCGCCCAGGCGUGUCAUGCUAGUAGUGCAGUGAUGCACAUGUUCCACGAUGACAAAAAUACACAGGAGUACUUGGCUGAUAUCGAUAGAAUGCAUAAAGUUAUCCUGGAUGGGAAGGAUGAGGAUGUUCUUAACACAUUAUCUGAAGCAUUGACCGCAGAUGGAAUUGAUCACAAACUUUGGAUUGAACAGCCAGAAAAUAUCUGGAUUGAAACUACUGAAAUAAAUGAAAAUAAAUAUAGUAGUGACAUCUUUAUUUGGAUAAUCAGUAGAAAUCAACAAAUUGAUUCUGAACGAUAUGAUACAGGAGAUUAUCAGAACCAUGUUUUGGGCUGAUAUAAAGAUGGCAGCAGCAGCAGAAUGCUAAUAUUAUCUUUUCUCGUCUAU